AUGGAGUCAUGGCCGCCAGGCGGCUCUGGGCCCGCGGAGGCCGGGCCUCGCCUGCGCGGCUUGCGCGGCGCCGACCUGGCGGCCUCGGCCUCCUUGCUGAGCGGGGCCGGGGCCGAAGCUGGGUGCAGCGCGCCGGCCGUGGCGGCCGUUUUGCCGGCGGGGGGGAGCGGGGAGAGGAUGGGCGUCCCCACCCCGAAGCAGUUCUGCCCCAUCCUGGAGAGGCCGCUCAUCAGCUACACCCUGCAGGCCCUGGAGAGAGUAUCUUGGAUAAAGGACAUUGUUGUGGCAGUCACUGGAGAGAACAUGGAAGCAAUGAAGUGUAUUAUUCAGAGGUACCAGCAUAAAGGCAUCUCUCUGGUUGAAUCCGGAGUGACCCGCCACAGGUCAAUUUUCAAUGGAUUAAAAGCACUGGCGGAGGAUCAGCCCAACCGUAGACUCUCAAAGCCGGAAGUAGUGAUUAUCCAUGAUGCUGUGAGACCAUUUGUUGAGGAAGAUGUCCUCCUUAAAGUUGUCACAGCUGCUAAGGAACAUGGGGCUGCAGGAGCAAUCCGACCUCUUGUAUCUACUGUCAUCAGUCCAUCUGCAGAUGGCUGCUUAGACCACUCGCUGGAACGUGCGAGACACAGGGCAAGUGAAAUGCCACAGGCCUUUCUAUUUGAUGUGAUAUAUGAAGCGUAUCAGCAGUGUAGUGACUAUGACUUGGAAUUUGGAACUGAGUGUUUGCAUUUGGCUCUAAAAUACUGUCACAUCAAAGCCAAACUUAUAGAAGGAUCUCCUGACCUCUGGAAGGUGACCUACAAACGAGAUCUGUAUGCAGCUGAAUCGAUUAUUAAGGAAAGAAUUUCACAACAAAUUUGUGUAGUUAUGGACACAAAAGAAGAUGAAGAACAUGUAGGUCAUCGUCUUGAAGAAAUGCUAAAAAAUGAAUUAAAUCAUGUAAAAGUCACAUCUGGCAGAGAUCUUCAGCAAAUCAUCUUAGAGGAAUGCUACAAUUUUGUUUGUGUGAAUGUUAUGACCUCUGAUUUUGAAGAAACCCAGAAAUUACUGAAUAUGCUUGAAGAGAGUAAUCUUUCCAUUUUAUAUCCUGUUGUUGUUAUUUCAGUGCAAUUUCUUGAUUAUGAAUCAGUACCAUUUGGUCAGAAAAUGGAAAACCUAAUGCAGAUUAGAGAAUUUGCCGAGGAAGUGAAAAAAACAAAUAUUUUAUUAUAUGGCCUUCUCAUAUAUUACCCACAGGAUGAACGGAAGCUACAGGAAAGUUUAAGGCAAGGUGCCACCAUUAUUGCUGCCUUAAUCAAAGAAAGAAAUUCCGGACUCAUUGGUCAACUACUGGUAGCAUAAAGAACAUGGAGAAAAUUACCUACUGUGUUCUUAGAAACAUUUACCUAAGUAUCUCUUUUGUGCUUCUCUCUGAAUUGUAUAUGGUAGAAUGUUUAAGUUGUCUUUUAUGUCUUUUAUAAUUUGGAGGAUGUGAUGCUUAGGUGAACUUGAAAACUUUUUAUGCAUGUCAAAUAUAAAUUGCUUAAACCGGAAAAGAACAGAUAAGUGGAAAAUAAUAGCCUUCACAUA